UCAAGCUCACUUAUUACCACUCAAUCAUAUCAAUUGUAUUUCAUCGAUUUUACGAAAAAGCAACCACUCUCUAUUCGAACUGACACACAACGUUAUGUGGACCAGCAUAUCCCCGGUAUAUUGACACAAAUAUUGAGAUUUUACUUCCCGAAGGUUUUACUGAGCACAGUUGAAUAGUUACCUGGAGAUUUAAAAAUGUGUUUAUAGCACGAUCUUUGCACGAUGGAAUUUUUUCUUCAAAUGUACCUAAACAAAUAGCAACCGAACGUACAGGAUAUAUUUUAUAAAUAAACUCUUCAUUUCUACAAGAAACGCGUGUUGUCCGAGUGAGCAGAAGUGAUGUUUAAGUGCUUCGCACCUGCAUAGUUGGGAAAAAACUAAUUUCGUAUUUUCAGAGUUGUUCCUGCAAAACUACCAUAUAUAUCACCAGUUGUGAAUUUAGGCCAAUUAUCGAAAUGAAUGCAUGGCAUUUCUCCAAGCGAUCUAUCAUGUUUUAUUUAUAGAAAUUCUAUCGCUACGAUAUGCUAUCAACCGAAUAAUAUAUACCAUAUGAAGUCAAGCGAUUGCGACCAUUUGAACGGGUAGAGUUUUCAGAAUUUCAUGUUACCGUUUGGAGUGGAUGUCCCAGGAAUUGGAUGAUUUUAGUGAAAGAUGUCUCAGUUUCUUCAAGUGCCUGAGUCAAGACGGACACACAAUACUGUUUCUCCGGGCAAACGUCGCUACAAGUUAUCCCCAGUGGCCCCAGGUUACGAGAGACAAGGAUGGGCCACUCCGGAAAGCGACGAUCUCGGUUAUCAGGACGACUGGGAGGACGAGGAGGAAACGGACGUCAUCCAUCAGCAACCUCCCGCCAUUCGUCGACCACCAAGAGAGGAGGUCGAGGAAGACUACCAACCAAGGGGUGACGCCAUGUUUGAGACAACUCCACCUCAGACACGUCGUAACCCACUUCCGGCUCCAAAGCAACAGCAACCGAAGCAAGGAAAGUUCACUACGAAGGUCGUGACCUUCUAUCGGAAUGGCGACAAACAUUUUAAGGGUAUUACCCUUCCAGUCAGCAUCAGGAACUAUGCCACAAUGGAUGUCCUUAAACAAUUCCUCACGGGAAAAGUAGCACUGCCCUACGGAGUCCGCAAGAUCUACUCUCUCAGUGGCCUUGAGGUCCAAGCAAUUGAGGAUUUUGUAGACGGACGUGCUUACGUUUGUUCCAGUGGAAAGUUCAGUGAUCGUACACCAUACGGCCGGUCCGAUCACACUAACAGUUAUUGGUCAACAGAAAAACCAACGAAGGGUAUUCGGGGGACCGACGUGAACCUGAUAACCAAUGACUCGGACCCUAGCAAUAAUGUCCUGAUAGAAGAAUUUCCUACCAGUCGUUUCGGAAAGUUCACCCGGCGGCAUUCUGUGAAUGCAUUGGCCAAGAACCCUUCGAUAGACCCGCAUGUAGCACAGUGGGCCAAACCUAGGGUGGUACAAAUUGUCAGCAAUACACAUCGCGCCAGCAGAGCCAAGAUCUUGAUCAACCCAAAGACAUCUCAGACCUUUGAUGAUGUUCUCAAGGAUAUGAGUCAAGCCAUUGUGAUGCUGAAUCCUCCAGUGAGGAAACUCUUUACAUGGAGAACAGAAGACGAGGUUCUCAGUUUUACCCAGCUCUUUCGCGACUUCAAGGACCAGAGUAUGUUCAUUGCCUGCGGGUACGAACCCUUGAAACGGACGUCGAAUCUUGGACGACAGCGGGACGACGCAGACGAUAUCAAUGAUUCAGGGGAUAAGGUGGUCAUGGACGACAUCAUUGAUGACGACUCAAAGCCUUCGCAACGAGCUCCAGCUAUUGCCAAGGUCGGAAGGUAUGCAAUGAUGUACAACGACUGGAAGAAGUUCAAGAAUAAAAGAUGGAAGAAAGAGGAGGAAACGGUUCAACCAGCUUAUCCUGCAAGAUCCCUAAUACCCGUCCGUUCCAAGGAACCUCCCCUGCCGCCGAUGAAACCCCGCAAAGCAUUCCUAAGCAACAGCCAGGACAGCGCCACCACGGAUGAGAGUGUGGAAUUGAUGGACUUCGAGGAGGAGACUGGGAAGCAGAAUGCCCGGGGUGUCCAAAUAAUAGAGGGUCGAAUGCCGUACAACCUCCGAGAGAGCAAACAGAGGCUCCUUGAUAAACGGCUGCAGCUUGAGAAUUCCCCCGAUCACAGCCAAUCUGAGGACGAUCUACACGGACCCAACAAGAACAACAAGCCACCAGGAGCAAGACGAAAGGAGAAGAAAGUCGCCAAACAACAGCAGCAACAUCCCAAGAAAUUCUUACCGAGUCCGGUUAGCGUGGAGGUACACGGCCAACUCCGUGAAUUCUUGCCGCCUUCUGAAGAGCCGAAUAAGCAACCCGACUCCGCACCCAAAAAGAAACUCAAGCUGGAGUGGGUCUAUGGCUACAGGGGAUUUGACAUGCGUAACAAUCUCUUUGUCCUCUCAUCCGGUGAGCUCCUCUAUACAGUCGGUGCAAUCGCCAUCUUGUACGAUAGGGAUUUAGGUGAACAAAGACACUAUCUCGGUCACAAUGAAGACAUCCAAAGUAUCGCCGUCCAUCCAUCUGGUACAUACGUAGCAACGGGGCAAAUGGCGGGACAACUUCCCGAUUCGACGCCGUCAGAUGUCGCUGCAUGUCAUUGCGCACACAUUAGAGUAUGGGAGGUGCAAUCGCUCUGUACACACGCCAUCCUGGGCCUGGAUUUCUUCGCCGAAGGCAUCGCCUGUCUCAGCUUCUCAAACGAGAACAAUGGAGAGUGGCUCAUGGCCGUUGAACAGGGUACUGAUCACGUGAUCAGUGUGUGGCAAUGGCAGGAGGAUCGUAUCUACACUAAAUCAAGUGAUUACACGUUAUACGAUGCCGCGUCAAAUCAGGCUAGUACGGAUGCUGUCGUGUGUGGCGCUUUUCAUCCUUUUGACGACACCACGGUAGUGACGGCUGGGAGACAACAUCUUUAUUUCUGGACCCUGACUGACAACCGGCUGGUCAGGGAUAAAAGGAGUGGGACAUGGGAUGGAGAAAAACCAUCGUAUGUAACCUGCAUUGAGUUUUCGCACACCGGUGACGUACUAACAGGGGACUCAAGUGGGUGCAUUACAGUCUGGGAGAAGGAUACCGACUUCACGUUCAAGCUUCGUUACAUGGUCCAGCAUGCCCAUGAGCGAAGUGUCUUCGCCCUAUGUAUGCUAGAAGAUGGCACCUUGCUAUCAGGUGGCGGCUUGGACAGGAGAUUACUGGCCUGGGACUCUCAUAGCGGCUAUACCUCAUCAAAAGUUGAAAGACUUUUUCCAGAGAACGCUGGUGGCAUCAGGACCAUCACUCCACUGAACCCCGGAAGUCCCGAUGGUCUAAUUGCCAUAGGAACGACCCGGAACCAUAUCAUGGAGGGGUCACUUCAGACGAAAUUCAAAUAUGUCUUACAGGGACACAGUGAAGAGCUUUGGUCGUUGGCGGCGCACCCUACCAAACCGGUAUUUGCUACAGCUGGUUAUGAUCAACACGUGAUCAGUUGGCGCGCUGACGUCCAUCGUCUGUCAUGGAAAGUUCAUGUUGAGAAAUGUUGCGUGUGUUGUGCGUUUAGUCAACCAUCUGGAAAUGUGUUAGCUGUGGGUACGACUGGUGGUCGAUUCAUGGUGCAUAGCUCAGAAGAUGGGAUGCACGUCACUUCCGUUCAGCUUGGCAAAGAACAGAUAGAUGUUAUUCAGUAUUCCUCAGAUGGUACUUUUCUUGCGCUGGGAUCACAUGAUAAUUGUAUAUAUAUCUUCUCUGUUAUGGAUGAAGGCCAUGUCUACAGGAAACUAGGUGUCUUGGAGGGUCAUGGUAGUUUUAUCACUCACCUCGAUUGGUCGGAAGAUGGCGCCUAUCUCCAAAGUGUUUCGGGAAACUACGAUCUUCUAUUCUGGGAUAUUGAAAAUCUACACCGUGUGAAAGCCAAUACAACAAGGGAUGUCGAAUGGGAUACACAUAAUUGUAUACUAGGAUAUUCAGUAUUAGGAAUUUGGCCUGGACAGGACAAAGGCAGUGAUGUAGACGCAGUGGCAAGAUCCACUAAGAAUAAGAUGCUUAUAGCUGGUAAUAACAUCGGUACAAUCUCGGCCUACAGAUAUCCAUGUACCUCGUAUAAGGCUCGUUCGACUGACCUCAAGCACCACAGUUCUCACGUGACUGCGAUUCACUUCCUGUACAACGACCAUUACGUCAUCACAGCAGGAGGUCACGAUGCCGUCAUCAUGCAGUUCACCCUCGUUGACAAGAUGAAUGACAAGUUCGACAACCUUGCCGAUAGCUUAUGAUAAUAUGAGGUCGUCGCCCCGCCAUGCAGCAUUUUUUUUUGCCCGUCAGUACUUGUGCACCCGACGCGAGUGGGGAGUAGGUAACUUUUUCAUGAAUUAGUCUAUGGGAAUGACGAAAUAUUAGGGUUCAUUUAAUCAGACUACGCCUCGUGAAUAUUCAUGGUCACAGAAUAUAUCAUAAUUUCCGACACAUCCCUAAUGCAACUUGACUGGUGUGGCGUGAUCGUGAUCGGUGUAAGACGAAGCGCUGAGACUACGAGUUCACUGCACUCAAAAAUUAUUGACGUACAUUAGGUCCGGAUCUCGCCCUAAACGACCUUUAAAAGUGAUUAUUUUUUAAUUAAAAAUUGAGGCAAGACUCUAAAGAACUACAAGUCCAAGAUUUGUAGCCUAAUUCAAAAUCUCCAAAACAGCUGGGUGCAUAAGGACUGACGAAAAAAAAUCGCCGCCGGUGUAGCGGCGGAUCCGGUGCUAUAUAGGCAUAUUCUUGGAACGCUAUCUGCGGGCGGAUCGUGUUCCAACUCCGGCGGAUUCAGAGCCAAUUUCUCUUCGACAGAUUUCGUUCUUGCUAUCGUUGCUCGGUCUGCAUGCACACGGUACCCAUUUCCUUCAAAAUUUUAUAGCGGGACCUACCAUUCUUAUUCAUCUACUUUAAUAUGAAAUAAAUAAGAAAAUCAAACCGCGUCAACCCGGCAGAUAAUUAUGGUUCCGAGUAAAGAACGAUAUCUGCCGUUAAGAACCUGGCGGUUGAUACCGUAUCCGCCGUUGGAACCAGAUCUGCCGCUACACCGGGCUGCAAGCACUUGGAUAAUUCUCAGAUAUAGCCUGAUACCGCAAAAGCUAACCCACUUUGUUUAUUAUCUAGUUGCUUAUUGGUGUUUGGUCUACACUAUAGAACUUUGUCUAAUACACUUUUCGUCUACUUCUCAUUCGGUCUUUGGGCAAUAGGCCUAUAAUGUUUACUUUGUCUACUUAUAUAUAUUUUUUACUUUGUCAGAUGAAAAUUUGGUUCAUAAUAAACAGUUCAUUUAACCACAUAGACUAAGUGGUGCCAGUCAAAGUGGAUAUUAGACGAAAUGGGUAUAGGUUAACUGGAAAUGGUAGAGGUGUUGUGGCUCAAUGGGUAAGUCUUCGGACUUUGAACCACAAGGUCCGGGGUUCAAAUCCCACUGCAGC